GCAGCAGAGAAAAUUGAAGGAAACAAUGAAAUAAUUGAAAACUGAUAAAAAAAGAAUUGAUAGAAUAGUGUAGCUUAGAGGAGUGGGGAUUAUAGAUGAGUGAUUAAGAGGGACAGCUGUCGGGGCUAAUCUGCUUGGAUUCUGUGUACAUAUUAGAGCCAGGGCCCCAGGGACUCGCCAGACCUGGCCUCUUUAUCCAGCCACGGAUCUGUAACAUGUGGGCCCUGCAUUCAGAUUGUUCACUAUUUCUGGACUGACCUGGGGAGGAAGCAGCACUGACAUUGAGAUAAAAGUUUGGCCUGACACACACACCAAUAGAUUGACUCCAUUCACCAGCCCAUCCCAGUUCUCCCCGUGCUCUGACCUCGCACCCCGUGUAUAAUUUCUGGACUCUGGGAUUUCUGUGCUAUUUUGGUAUUCUGUGCUGUAUUGUGAUUCAGUGAUAAUUUGUCCUUACUCAGGGUCGUGUGAUAUUACAUAGUGUAAGACACACGCUGAUAGACAGUAAGGUGAUCGCUUCAAACCGUGCAUUUUGUGAAUGAACCUGUUACCUUCGUUCUGGAGUACUAUCAAGGCCACGAGGAAGUAUUGGGACAGGUCACAGAACACCGAUUUUUCUUGAAACAGGAUGUUAACAUUGAAACAGGGAAAAGGACACACUCAAAUUUGGAAUUUAGUUUUUCAGGGAAAGUGAUGGACACAUGUAUAAAUAUCUGUGGUAGUUCUGAUCUCUGUUACAUUGGUUCUUUAACACGGAACACGAGGAUUUGAUCUGCAUUAGAAGUGCUACCCAAGGAUAGUAUAUCUUCCUUUCGAGUAUUAGAUUCUGUCACUCUGACUGAGGAGCUGAUAAAUUCUUAAACAGUGACUGUAAUUUAGCUAUUAUUUUGCUUCCACAUUGUCCCCCAGUGAAUACAACUAUUGCCUCCAAUAGCGUCAAGUAUUCCAUCAAGCAGUGCCACUGACAAACAGAACCCGGAUUGAGCCUGGGAAUGAUUCUUGUUGCACAGUUUUUGUCAACCCAAGGAUUAUUACAUAUUGUGUUUCAGAGACAGGUCUCAGUAAAUUGGAAUCUGCAGUAGCAUGUAAAGUGAGUUCUGUAAUCAUAUAGAGAAGUAUUAGGCACUGACUAUUUGACAGCUGAGCUACCUGGAGUUUUAAUGAUGAAAUUUGCGAAAAAUUAAAAAAAAAGUGGCACACCAGUAUCAUAGUUAUUAAAUUCUGGAUAUCACAUGACAUCAGUGUUUGUCUCUCUGCUACACAUGGCAGUGUAAGAGUAGAUAGCAUAUAUAUUAGUCUUCUGGACUGAAUGAUAAUUGGCUGUUUCAAAGAGCAAGAUGAAUAUUGUACUGGCACUGAUUUAUAAACUAUGCAAAAGUUUUUCACAGCUAAAUGACGGUCGUGACAUUUCCUAAUGGUCAGAGCAACAAAGUUUAUGGAGGGGAUCUAUUGAUUGUGAACUGUUAAAGGAGAAAUUCUCAUACCAAUCUUCUGAGAUUUUUUUGGUUUGGUGACGCAACAAGACAGAGUUUUAUGCAUUGAUCCGCUGCUAUAAAGGAAGUCAGUGAGUCGAUUUCGGAGAGUUCGGUUACUCUGGCCUACAUUGGAUCUGGUUGCCAGUCGGCGGAUCCAAAGCAUCAUCCUAGAGGAUCAAAGUUCAGCCAUUCAUUGAUUCCCUAGCUUGUUUCUCCUGACUGAUUCUUCUUGUUUAUUUAGAUGAAUGCUAGAAGCAUACGUUGUCACAUAUAUAUUUCUUAUAAACAGAUUAAACAAGGGAACGGAUCUUAAAAAAAUUAAGAGGUGGAUGUUGGAACAUUUAAAAUUAAUGAAAACUAUUUUGGAUAGUCAGUUAGAGGAUUUGAAGUAUCUGUAAAGUAUUGGUACACUGUGAGGAGUAGGUAGACACUGAGUGAUUGGGAUCCCAGUGAGGGGGUGGAGCAGAAGACAAUAGCAGAGUCUGUGACCCGAACAUCAGGAGGAAAGUUAGACGUAUUUAUUGUCUAUAUCACCUGAGGCUGUUUACAUCAGCUCACGGCAGCAGUGCUGUGUCGGGUAUAACUCAAGCAAGCGCUCGCUGCUUUUGUUGACACUGUCGUGUUUGUCCGUGUCCUACAGUUAAAUACCCGAACGGCUCCAACGUCCUGCUCUCCUAGGAACUCUUGCUGGACUGUUUUUGACCCGAUUACUAGGUCCUCUGGACAGCUGCAAUCAGGAUGCUCUCAGUACCAGUGGAUAUUGUCCCCCCUCGUCGACACUCUUGGGUGUGUUUUGAUGUGGAGAAUGGGACCAGUGGACGGGGAGGCCUGGAGGGGACCAGUCCGUCCAGUCGACUGCUGCUACAGAACCCACCCCAGAGACGGGACUCCUUCCUGUACCGCCCCGACAGUGACUAUGACCUGUCCCCAAAGUCCAUGUCCCGCCAUUCCUCUGUACAGAGUGACGUACAUGCGGAUGAUCUGAUCGUGACACCGUUUGCCCAGAUCCUGGCCAGUCUACGGAGCGUGCGGAACAACUAUGUGAUGCUGACCAACACAUCCAGGGAACGAUCUGGCACAGGGGGGAAAUCCAACUCUAUACCUUCAGCUCCACCCCACACAAACGCAAACCUCAAAACAGAUGAGAGUUACGGCCAGCUCGCCAUGGAAACGCUGGAGGAACUGGACUGGUGUCUGGAUCAGUUGGAAACGAUGCAGACACACCGGUCAGUCAGUGACAUGGCCUCCAGCAAGUUCAAGCGGAUGUUAAACAGAGAAUUGAGCUCAUUCCGUGAGUCGAGUAAAUCAGGGAACCAGAUAGCCGAGUUCAUUUGUAACACAUAUCUAGACAAACAACAAGAUUUAGAUAUACCACAGGUAAACUCGGAACAGAAUGAUAAGUCAGCAGAGAAAACCUCACCCAUGACAAAAAUCAUCGGGGUCCGGAAACUAAAGCACACCAACAGCUACACGACGGUGCCAAAGUACGGGGUGGAGACCAGGCACCCAGACGAGCUGGGCAAGCAUUUAGCAGAUAUUAACAAAUGGGGGAUGGAUGUGAUAAAAGUAGCAGAAUUCUCAAACAACCGAGCACUUACCUGUGUUACCUAUACAAUAUUACAGGAGCGCAACCUGCUGAAGACGUUCAAUAUCCCGGCACAGACACUGCUGACUUACCUGACACACCUGGAGGAUCACUAUCACCGUGACAACCCGUACCACAACGCAGAGCAUGCGGCCGACGUCACUCAGUCCACCCACGUCCUACUUAACGCCCAGGCUCUCGAGAAUGUGUUCACUGAUCUCGAGAUACUAGCAGCAAUAUUUGCCUGUGCCAUCCAUGAUGUUGAUCAUCCAGGACUCACAAAUCAGUAUCUCAUCAACACAGGUUCGGAGUUGGCAGUGAUGUAUAAUGACGAGUCGGUACUAGAGAACCACCACCUGGCUGUAGCUUUUAAACUUCUCCAGGAGGAAAACUGUGAUAUAUUUAUGAAUCUCUCCAGAAAGCAGCGCCAAACUCUUCGCAAGAUGACAAUUGAUAUGGUAUUAGCUACUGAUAUGUCAAAACACAUGAGUUUACUGGCAGACCUGAAAACAAUGGUGGAGACAAAGAAAGUGGCCGGGUCAGGGGUGUUACUGCUGGACAACUAUACCGACCGUAUCCAGGUUCUACAGAACAUGGUUCACUGCUCAGACCUGGGGAACCCCACCAAGCCCCUGGACAUCUACCAGAAGUGGGUCAACCGGCUGAUGAAGGAGUUCUUCCACCAGGGUGACAUGGAGCGGGAAAGAAACCUGGACAUCAGCGCUAUGUGUGAUCGCCACACUGCUACUGUCGAAAAAUCUCAGGUUGGUUUCAUUGAUUAUAUUGUCCAUCCACUAUGGGAGACCUGGGCCGAUCUCGUUUACCCAGAUGCUCAGCACAUCUUAGACACACUCGAGUACAACCGAGACUGGUACCAAAGCCAGAUCUCAAUCUCACCCUCCCCCAGCUUUACUCACACCCCAACAGAGAACUCACAUUUUAAUUUCAUUGAAGAGGAGGAAAGUGAAGGAAAUGGUGUGGUUACAAUAAAUGUUGGGGUCGAUUCAGGAUAACCCCGAGAGUAACACAGGACUACAGUCAAAGGCCGGGUAAAAAGCCAUUUUCCCUGAGUCUGCAUUCUGUGCGUCUAAAUGGAUGUGACAAAGGAACUUCUUUCAUGGAGGACAACACAUUUUUCAUGCCAUUUAGAAGUGUUGCAAUAACAACAUGUUCCCUGCUGUCAAGAUGUGUUAGAUAAAUGAAAAAACGCAUCGUCAUAACAACGACUUGUGAGGUCACGGACAUCUCCAUGGUGAAUUCAGUAGAACACAGGUUUUAAACAUUAGUGACUGGUCCCGCCAUGGUCCCAUGUAUUUAAGUUGCUCAGACAUUUAGAUAUUCAUUCCAGACAUACCUCAUGCAUAGCGCUCCAGCUAUCGACUGCUACCUGCUCUCCCAACAGACGUGCCAUAAACGUGUUGACAACUAGGACCUCUGUCACUGAGGUGCUUGUAACAAAGAUCACCCAGGUCCGUGUGAUUUAACAAAGAAAGCACUGAAAAAAAAACUGCGCUGCUUGGUAAAGAGACAUUAAAGAUCAUGAAAAAUUUUAUGGCAGCGGCCAAACAAGAUGUACGUUACAUAGCAAUAGAAUUCUUGUCUUUACACUGAGGCGCGGCGGUGUUUAGCUGGUCUCCCUUUGAUAUUUGACACAAUCGAUUUAUUUAUUGAACUUUGACCUCUCACUCUAGUCAGUCAACAAUACCUUUAGGUUUCCAUAGUAACAUUACAAAAAAAAUUUGAUUUUUCCUAUCCAAAGAGGUAGGCACCCGAUCAUUAUAUAUGGACACUUUUUAGUGUUCUGUUGAGUUCCUGAUAUAAUUAAUACCAUGAUCUGUGAAAAUUAUGUCUUACAUUUAUUUCCAUCAUUUGUAACAUACAUUGUAACAUACAAGCAUUGGUACUUCUAUGAGCCUGUAUGGAGAUACAUGUACUAUCUUAACUAGUUGAUGACGGUACAUUAUACUCGUUAGAUGAGAGUAUAAGAUAAUAGUAGGACUAACAUUAGCCCACAGAAUUUGUUAAUUGUAUCAGUAUUUAGAUCUAGCAUCAUUGAGACAGGGGGCAUUUAUACGAUGCUCCCGUAGAUCUCUGUUGUUUAAUUCUGUAAUGGUUCGUGUUAUGGGCUGAUUUCACUAUUUAUUGGUUAGUGUAACGGGCUGAUACGAGUCAGGAAUGUUUCACAGCUCUUUGUUUUAUGAUCCCAAUUUUCUGUGAUAAAAAAAUGCUGCAAAUGAACAA